AUGGCAGUGGGUGAGGCCCUGGUGCACACCAGGGUCACUCUUCUGCUACUCGGGGUAGGAAUGUCUCUGUUCAUUUCUGGCCAGUCUCAGGCAAGGCCCUCCCAGCACUUCUCCCCAGAAUUGGUGAUCCCCUUGAAGGUGACUGGCAGGGGCAGAGGUAUAAAAGGUCCAGGCUGGCUCUCCUACAGCCUGCAGUUUGGGGGCCAAAGACACAUUGUCCACAUUAGGGUCAAGAAGCUCUCGGUCUCCAAACCCUUCCCGGUAUUCACCUAUACGGACCAGCAUGCCCUCCACCAAGAUCAGCCUUUUGUUCCUGAUGACUGCUACUAUCAUGGUUAUGUGGAGGGAAUCCCUGAGUCCCUGGUCGCCCUCAGUACUUGUUCUGGAGGUUUUCGAGGAAUGCUACAGAUUAAUGACCUUGCUUAUGAAAUUGAGCCAAUGAGGUUUUCUGCCACAUUUGAACACCUGGUGUAUAAGAUAGACAGUGAUGAUACACAAUUCCCACCUAUGAGAUGUGGGUUAACAGAAGAGGAAAUAGCACGCCAUUUGCAGUUGAGGGCAUCAUAUAAUUCUACUCUGAUGCAAAGCUCUUACAUGGGCUGGUGGACCCACUUGCGCUUUCUUGAGCUGGUAGUAGUUGUGGACCAUCUUCGAUUCCUUUACUACGAAAGUAAUGUGACAGUAGUACAGCGUGAAGUAUUUGAUGUUGUCAAUAUAAUAGAUAUCUUAUAUUACCCUUUGGAGGUUGAUGUAAUUUUGACCGGGAUUGAAAUCUGGAGUGAAAGAAACCUAGUUGCCUCCGAUAACAUAGAACAACUUAUGGAGGAUUUUGCUGUUUGGAAGUUUCUCAGUCUUGAUGCACGACUGCAUCAUGAUACUGCCCAUCUUUUCAUAAAAAAAAUAUUUUGGCGUAAACUUGGAGUUGCCUAUGUCGGAGGAAUAUGCCAGCGUCCUUUUAACUGUGGAGUUGAUGUGUUUGAAGGAGACAGUCUGUAUAAUUUUGCACUUACUGUGUCCCAUGAACUUGGUCAUAAUUUGGGUAUGUCUCAUGAUACUGGACAAUGUGUGUGUGGGCUUCAGUGGUGCAUAAUGUAUCCUUCCCACAGGGUGACAACUCGGUUCAGCAAUUGCAGUUAUGCCCAGUAUUGGGACAACACUCUCACGAGUGGAUUAUGUAUUCACUCACCUCCAUAUCCAGGGAAUAUCUUGACGGUACAGUACUGUGGGAACCUAGUGGUUGAAGAAGGAGAGGAGUGUGAUUGUGGGACCAUACACCAGUGUGUAAAUGAUCCCUGUUGUCUGUUGAACUGCACUCUGAAGCCUGGAGCUACUUGUACUUUUGGAAUUUGUUGCAAAGACUGCAAGUUCAUGCCAUCAGGGACUUUGUGCAGACAUCACAUCAAUGAAUGUGACCUUCCAGAGUGGUGCAAUGGGACAUUUCAUCAGUGUCCAGAAGAUGUAUAUGUACAGGAUGGGAUUCCCUGUGGUGACGAUGCCUACUGCUAUAAAGGGAGAUGUAAUAACCAUGACAAACAGUGCAGGGAGAUUUUUGGCAAAGAUGCAAGGGGUGCAUCUCAGAGUUGCUACAAAGAAAUCAACACCCAAGGAAAUCGAUUUGGUCACUGUGGUAUCACAGACCUAAUAUACGUAAAAUGUGAGGUCCCUGAUAUUCUAUGUGGAAGAGUGCAGUGUGAAAAUGUGCGAGUGAUUCCCAGUCUGAUCCAGCAUUCUACAGUGCAUCAGCUUCACUUCAAUGACACCACUUGCUGGGGCACUGAUUAUCAUUUAGGGAUGGCCAUACCUGAUAUUGGUCAAGUGAAAGAGGGCACAGUGUGUGGUCCAGAAAAGAUAUGCAUCCACAAGAAGUGUGUCAAUAUGACCCAUCCACCACGAGACUGUCAGACUAACGAGACCUGCCACCUGCACGGAGUCUGCAAUAAUAAACAGCAUUGCCACUGCCGCCGUGGAUGGGCGCCUCCUUACUGCAAGCACGAGGGCCAUGGAGGCAGUAUUGACAGUGGGCCACCUCCUGGGAAGCCUGGUAACUGUGCCUAA